AUGCUGCAGUGUCCGUCUGAUUUGUCCAUAUUUUCUUGUAAGGAAUUGGAUUUGUUGUUGAAGAGUAAAGAGAUUGUAGCUCGAAAGGAACGAACAGUUAAAUUGAGAUUUGUUACAUUCACAGAGACUGCCUCUGCCUCAGAGACAUCGUCAGCUGGGAGCUCUGUUUCUCCGGCUGCAAGUCCCGUUAACACUGCAACGGUCUCACUUAACGAGACUUUGGAGCAAAUCAAGAAAGACCAACCGGUUUCAGCUGAAAAUACCCCUGCAACAGUGGUCACAGCAAGAUCCAUAAUAACAGAAUCAUCCCAGUUUUCCAACCCAUCGUCUCCAGUCAGCACUGUACCACCGCCAAUGGUCUUUGUCUCACCAGACUCCCCUAGAGCACGAUCCGUUGACCCAGAGCCGCCAUCUUUCCUCCCACCCCCGCCACCAGCUAUAGAGCUAGCCGCACCAGCACCAGCUCCAGCAGUUGUUAAAGUUGAAAACAAGGUUACUGUUCAGAAAGUUGAGACAGACAGCCUUCAAGUUGAAUUGUCAGCUAAACUACAGAAAGCAUCAGAUGGCGAAAGCAAGCUUACCGACGCUGCGGAUAGUGUUGACUUCUUUAUCCCUCUGUUCAAAUCAUCAACUGCCGAUGACGUGUCAAGAUGGCUGAAAAGAAUGAAAUUCGAGCCUUUGACGGUGGAACGACUGAAUGGAGUUGCUGCAAAAGAAUUGUUUAAAAAACCGGAGGAUGACCUUAUUACCAUUCUUGGGGAGAGUGAAGGCAAGCGGCUGUACAAUGAGCUUCAAGUACAGACUGGGGCAGUGACGAGACAUAAAACGAUGACGGAAUUCCAGAAAGCUCUCUUGGAACGAAUGAAGAGGCAAGAAACUAUUCAGAAGAGUGUAAUAAAGCACCAAGUUGUUGUAAAGUCAUCGAGUGGCUCAGCAGAAAUGAGUCAGGAAGAAAUGCAGAGGAAAUUUAAAGAGCAGCAAGAAUUAAUCAAAGCACAGAAUUCCCAUCCGGAAAGAGAACCAGAGAAGCCCUCUUUUAGCUCAUUUCAAGCAACAAAAACAGUGAAUAAUAAUGAAGAUGCAGCCACUGCAGUGAAUUCGUAAAAGCAAGCAACGAAGAACGAAAUUUGAAUCAUCUUCCAAUUUUCCUGUAUUCCUGUGAGCAGCAGAAUACUAAUAUUGACGUCAUGCGAACUAAUUUUGGACGAUAUACUAUCCAAUACAAAUGAAUUUUCAGAUAAUUUAAUCAUUUAAUAUUUCUACAUAUCGUUUGUUGUAAUUUUCCUACAUACACUUGUAUUUAAGUAGCGGACACGUGCAACUGAGUGGGUCGUCGUUUUUCUCACGGAAUGCUUGUGACGUUUGCGUGAAAAGUUUUUGGAAUCUUAAGUUAUAAAUGCGUUGACGCUAUUUUUUAUAAUCCUCAUGCUUCGCCCUAGAUUCAAUUAAGGUUGAUACAAUUUUGAAAGAUUGUACUAUGCGCUAUAGAACAUUUGGGUAUUAAACAGUGUCAUGGCGUUCAAGCAGUUAUAGCGUCACACUAUAGCCACUAGAAAAAUAACUAAUUCUUGUCUUGGGCUAUUUCUAUUUAAUAUGGAUCUUUUUUCCCUUCAGUGUCAUUUUUCAAAAAUUUUCUCUGAAUCGUCCCUGUCCUUCUAUUUCCAUUCUCUAAGUUGUACAUUAUUGCAGAAAGGUGGGACGGUUAACUUUUGCAUCGUUGUCUUUUGUUAACAGCAUCGGAUCUGUUUCUAUUGUGUAGUUUUGUAUUAGCAUUAAUAGAUUUGAAAAAGUAAUGUGCACUCCACUUUCUUCAUUACUGCUUUGUAUCGUAUAUUACUUUCCUGUCCUUCUCUUUAUCGUAUAUUUACACCUGCUUGGGUCAGAUGAAUUAUUUUAAUUUUGCAUUUAUAUUAUACAUGCUAUUUCGAUUGAGUACUGCUAGUUUAGUAAACACAGCAAUAAAUAUUUGUUGCCUGUUUUGUGUUUAGCUUGUUCAUGGCACAUUGAUAACUCAGUAGUAGGUGCCAUGAUCACAUGUACUAAAAGUUUUGAGGGCUUAUCCUCGUAAUAUCAUGACACUUUGUCAAACAAAGCAUCAAUUUUGAAGAAAUAUCCUCAUUUUUCCUACUUACUUGUGUAUAAACAAGCUACUUCUCUGGGCAGAAGCAUAAAUUGUACAGUUUUUGUACUUUGUUCACUUUUUCAGUAUUUCCCUAAAGAUGAUUUUAAGCUAUGAUAAGCUUAGUGUUUAAGAAUGCAGUAGAAGUACUCGAUGUAAGAACAAGUGUGACUUGACGAAUUUGAUGAAAUGCCUGACCACUUGGACAAAAGGUGGUUAAGGGGGGAGGGGCUCUUAGGGAUUGCUUUUUCUUGGAAGUACGUUUGAACCCAAACAGGAGCCCUGCUUUUCCCAAUAAAAUUUAAAUGUGCAUCUAACGGGGACCAAUGAGUGGGCAAUGGCCUUCUAAUCACUUGUGCCACCUUUGCGAGGAAGAACGUCAGAUUGAGUAAAGGAAUGAAAUAUUAACAUCGUGUUUAACAGGUCUAAAAUGCAAUGUUCAGCCCCAAACGUUCUUUCUUUUAAAUUGUUGAUCACGUCACAACUCUUGGAUAGGAUCCGAUAGCAAUGUCAUGGCUGCAAUAUUCAUAUUCUAAAAUGGCCAAAUCUCCCAUAUUUCCUCAUUUUGCAGAUCACUCACAUUUUGGUGUGCGAAUUAAUUUCGAUUGUCUUUUCAGGCUCAACGAUCCAUAAAAUAGCCCCGUUAAUAUAUGAUUGAUAUUUUGCUUGUUUAGCUCUGUAUUUUGUAAGUGACAUUUGUAGACAUGGCUAAUUUUGACUCUUCCAUUGCUGUCUGUAUUUUUUCUUGCAUUGGUGUACUUAACGAUAUAUGCGUAUUUAGCAGUUUCUUAUCAACAACGCUAACCUCAA